UUUCCACACUAGACUUUCAAUUUCACAUCCUUACAUCUGAUUUGAAGUGACGGUGAGAGGAAGCAUAAGGUACCUCUCAUUCUGUUUGGACUCCUUGUUUACACAAGAGUGAUGGAGACGCUAUUAAGCACAAAGGGGAUCACCAUAUGCCUGUUUUUCUUUGUAUUGAGUUUGGCAGCAGCUAUUGAAAUACCAUUAUCAGUUGCGCAGCUUCCAACAAUCACGGAGCAAUCUCACACCCAGGUUGCCUACCCUUUUGAUGAGGACUUUACAAUUAAAUGUGAAGCUAAAGGAAACCCGCAGCCCAUCUUCAACUGGACUAAAGAUGGAAAACCAUUUGAUUUGUUAUCUGACCCAAGGAUAGUUGCAUCUAACAACUCUGGAACAUUUGUGAUUCAAAACCGUGGAAUCAUCACCAAUUUUCAAGGGAAAUACCGUUGCUAUGCAUCCAAUGUGCUGGGAACUGCCAUGUCAGAAGAAAUUGAGCUAAUUGUUCCAAGUGUACCAAAAUUCCCAAAAGAAAAAAUUGAGCCCCUUGAUGUGGAGCAUGGUGAUUCUGUGAUUUUGCACUGUAACCCCCCAAAAGGCAUCCCACCUUUGCAUAUCUAUUGGAUGAAUAUUGAUUUGCAGCACAUUCCGCAAGAUGAAAGGGUCUCCAUGAGCCUUAAGGGAGAUCUCUACUUUGCAAAUGUGGAAGAAAAUGACAGUCGGAGUGAUUAUUGCUGCUUUGCAGCAUUUCCAAGACUGAGGACAAUUGUACAGAAAAUGCCAAUGACGCUGAAGGUUUCCCGUUGCUCCAAGGGUCUUAUACAAAAGAUGGUUUCAGAAAGAAAACCCAGACUGCUGAUCCCUCCUGAAUCUGCUGGCAGUAGCUCAUCAGUCACUGUCAUCAAGGGAGGUGUCCUGCUACUCGAAUGUAUUGCUGAAGGGCUCCCAACUCCUCAUCUAAGCUGGGUCAAGGUCACUGGAAAUUUGCCCAAGGAUGAACCAGAAACAGAAAAUUUUGGGAAGAUAUUGAAGAUAGACCAAGUGACUGCAGCUGAUGAAGGAACAUACCAGUGCACAGCAAGCAACCCCAUGGGGAGAGCAAAGCACGAGUUCCACGUUCACGUAGAAG